AUGGCUGCUCUUAGAAGAAGGCUAACUGUAGUUGGAGAUGACCGUUGUGGUAAGACAUGCCUCCUCUUCGCUCUGUGUCACAAACAGCUUCCCAUGUCCUACGAGCCAACUCUGUUUGAUGUCUACACCACUGACACAGAGGUAGAUGGGAAAGAGAUGAAACUAAUUCUCUUCGAUGUGGCAGGGAAGAAUGAAGUCAGUUACCGAAAUCUCCGCUCAGUGUUCUACAGGGACACCGAUGUUAUUGUAAUGUGCUUCUCCGUGGACAGGCCUGACUCACGGCAAAACGUCCUUGAUUUUUGGGUUCCAGAAAUCAGAAUGUUCUGCCCCACAGUACCUAUUAUUCUGGUGGCUACCAAGAUAGAACUAAGGGGUGAUGAAAGUAUUAAGGAGAAACUAACUACUCCAGGCAACGAGCCAAUUAACACUAUAGAAGGAAAAGCUUUGGCUGCCAGCAUUGGGGCAUACGCUUACCUGGAGUGUUCUGCCAAGACAAAAGAAGGUGUUGAUACAGCCCUGGAGAUCAUUAGCCAAUGUGCAUUAAAUGAGAAAAGGAGGAGAAAGAGGCACUACAGGCACUGCCGAAUUUUGUAA